GUCUUGGUGACAACCCUAUAUUUAUAACUCCAACCCACAUGGGCAAAACUCUAAUUGUUCAAAUUCCCACAAAUUAUUUCCAGUGUUUUUAAUGCCUAGAACAUUGUCAGAACUAAGAAGACAAAACUAGAGCAUAGAAUAGAAGCCUAGGGAGAAGGAAGGUACAAGUUGGAUUUUGAUUUUCUUCUUGCAGUUUUGAAGCCUUGGAAAUGGUGAGAGAGUGAGGUGGGAGGAUUUUCCAUAUCGGGUUUGUCUUUUGGAACUAUCACACUCCGAAUACGAUAAUCGAGCCAUUUCUUAUUUCCCAACCAAGGGUUGGUAUGGUCUUGAUGACAGAAGAAGACAAGACAAAUGUAUGCAAAUAAAAACAGUUCUGUUAGAAGAGACAAGACAUAUAUAUUCCUUAAAAAUGGGUUCUAGCAGUUGCGAGAUUUGUCUAAUCAUUUCAGUUUUUGUUUUGUUACUGUUGUUUCUCUUCUGUGUUUGUCCUGUAAAUUCACUGGAAUCAGUGAACUUCAAUGAAGCUAAUCAGAGUUUCCACCCCGACAAAGAGUUACAGAAGUUGAAGAUUAUCAGAGCCCAUCUCAUGAAAAUCAACAAGCCUGCUGUUAAGACAAUUCGGAGUCCUGAUGGUGAUCUAAUAGAUUGUAUAUUUGCUCAUCAACAACCAGCUUUUGAUCAUCCUCACUUAAAAGGACAAAAACCAAUGGAUCCACCAGAAAGGCCACAGGGGCACAGAUCGAGAACCGGGAUAUUUUUAGCAGAAAACUUUCAGUUAUGGAGUCUGUCUGAUGAAUCAUGUCCAGAAGGAACAGUUCCAAUUAGAAGGACAUCUGAACAAGACAUUAUCAGGGCUAGGUCAUUAUCAACAUUUGGAAAAAAAAUCCCAAAACAAUUUCGAAGGGACUCUUCGAGCAAUGGUCACGAGCAUGCUGUAGGUUAUGUAACUGGAGAUGUAUAUUAUGGAGCAAAAGCAAGUAUAAAUGUGUGGGCACCUCAAGUAGCAAAUCAAUAUGAAUUCAGCUUAUCACAACUGUGGGUAAUUGCCGGUUCAUUUGGCGAUGAUCUCAACACCAUUGAAGCGGGUUGGCAGGUUAGUCCAGAGCUGUAUGGGGACAACUAUCCUAGGUUCUUCACUUAUUGGACUAGUGAUGCAUAUCAAGCCACAGGGUGUUACAAUUUGCUGUGCUCAGGCUUUGUUCAGACAAACAAUAAAAUAGCUAUUGGGGCAGCAAUUUCUCCAACAUCCUCGUACAACGGUGGUCAGUUUGAUAUUAGCUUAUUAGUAUGGAAGGAUCCAAAGCAUGGAAAUUGGUGGCUGGAAUUUGGGUCUGGAGUUUUAGUGGGCUAUUGGCCAUCUUUUUUAUUUACACACCUUAGAGAUCAUGCAAGUAUGGUCCAAUUUGGUGGUGAAAUUGUCAACAGCAGUCCCUCUGGUUUCCACACAUCAACACAAAUGGGCAGUGGACAUUUUGCUGGAGAAGGGUUCGGAAAAUCCUCGUAUUUCCGGAAUUUACAAAUAGUAGAUUGGGAUAACAGUUUAGUCCCAUUGUCAAAUCUUAAAGUUUUGGCUGAUCAUCCAAAUUGCUAUGAUAUACAAGGGGGAGUUAAUGGAGUUUGGGGGAAUUACUUUUAUUAUGGAGGGCCUGGAAGAAAUUCUAGGUGUCCUUGAAGAGAAGAGAAAGGUGCAUGGUAUCUUGGAUGACAUAUUUAUAUAUGAAAAAAAAAAAAUUAUCGUUCUGGGUUAUUCCGGGGCAUGUCUCGUGCUUGUUACUCGAUUUUGGAUUAUUCUUUCCAUUUUUUGUUCGAUCUUACAAAUGAUCCAUUAAUUAUACCUCCUUUAUGGAGCAAUGUAAAUUGGUAAAUUGCAAAAUGAAAAAGUUUUCUUAUGUAGAGAUUGUGCUAAUAUUAGUUCUCAAU